AUGCAACGGUUCGCUACUAGAUCAUUCUCGACCUCUCGAGCCAGUCGAUCCCUCAAAUCCGCUUAUAUUUUGGGUGGUGCCAGAACCCCAAUUGGCAACUUCGGUGGUUCCUUGAAAGCGGUUUCAGCUGUUGACCUGGGUAUUGUCGCUGCCAAUGGUGCUAUUGAAAAAGCAGGUAUCAAGAAGUCGGAUGUGCAGGAAGUGUACUUUGGGCAUGUCAUUCAAGGAAACGUGGGCCAAGCACCAGCACGUCAAGUCGUGAUCAAAGGUGGUUUCCCUGAGACCACUGAAGCCACUACUAUUAAUAAGGUAUGUGCUUCUGGACUGAAGAGUGUGUCAUUGGCUGUUCAAGCCAUUCAAACCGGCGAUCGUGAUGUUCUACUUGCUGGUGGUAUGGAAUCUAUGUCAAAUACUCCCUACUAUAGUGUGCGUAAUGCUUCUUUCGGUAAUCAACAAUUGACUGAUUCCAUUCUUGGCGAUGGUCUCACUGAUGUAUACAACAAAAUUCAUAUGGGAUUGUGUUGUGAGAACACUAAUAAGAGAGAAGGUAUCACUCGUGAAGAUCAAGAUAAUUUUGCCAUUGAGUCUUACAAGAGGGCCAUUGAAGCACAAAAGAAUGGCGGUUUUGACAAUGAAAUUGUUCCAGUCACUAUUAAAACUAAAAAGGGUGAUGUUGUAGUAUCAGAAGAUGAGGCCCCAAAGGUCAUUAAAUUCGAGUCUGUUCCUAAACUUCGCCCUGCAUUUGCCAAGGAUGGUACUAUCACUGCUGCUAAUGCUUCUUCUCUCAACGAUGGUGCUGCUGCUCUUGUAGUAUCAUCCGGAUCGAAAGCUAAAGAACUUGGUGCCAAUGUUGUGGCCAAGGUUAUUGCAUACGCUGAUGCUGCUACCGCUCCCAUUGACUUCACAAUUGCCCCCUCAAAGGCUGUGCCUAUUCUUCUGAAAAGAGCAGGAUUGACCGUUGACGAUAUCGCCAAAUGGGAGCUUAACGAAGCCUUUGCUGGUGUGUCUAUUGCUAACAACCGAAUUCUUGGACUUGAUCCUGCCAAGGUCAAUGUGAAGGGUGGAGCUGUGGCUAUUGGUCAUCCAAUUGGCGCUUCUGGAGCUCGUAUCCUUGUUACUUUGAUCAACAACUUGAAAGAAGGUGAAUAUGGAGUUGCUGGCAUCUGCAAUGGUGGAGGUGCUGCCACUACACUUCUUAUUCAAAAGGUAUCUAAGGUUGAAGAUGAAGUUAGCUCAAAGUUGUAA